AUGAAAUUAUUAUUAGCAUUAAUUUUAAUUUUAUUUGUAAGUUUCUCAUUCGGGAAACAUUAUGAAUCAAGUAGAUGGGUCAGAAAAAUUCAAAGUGAAAGAAUCCCAAAUCAUGCAUCAAUGACAUUCAAUGUUUACUUGAAGCAACAAAAUGCAGAAGUUUUAGAAGAUACUAUCAAAUUAAUUUCAGAUCCAAAAUCAUCACAAUAUGGUAAUUAUUUAUCAGUUAAUGACAUCACCAACAUUGUUGCUCCAUCACACGAAACUAUUAAAACUGUUGAAAACUGGAUUAAACCACACAGACCAUUAAAAAUGGAAUAUGGUCCAAAUAAAGAUGUUGUCAAAGUCACCAUGAAAAAGAGUUCAGUCGAAAAAUUAAUGAAUGUUAAAAUCGAUAGCUAUACUCAUCCAAAUGGUAAAUCAAUUCUUCGUUCAUCGGAAGAUCCAAUUCUUAAUUCAAAAUUAAAAAAUCAUAUUGAUUUAAUUACUGGUAUUUCAAAUUUCCCAAUGUAUAAAAAAGAUAGAUCAUUAAAAUCAUUCGAUGAAAAUGAUUAUGAUUUAAUGACUUCAAGUUCAUCAUCAUCAUCAGAUGGUUUCUCAGAUACUGGUUUAAGAAUUAUCAGUAUUAAAGGUACUGGUGAAUAUAUGAAAGUAACUUAUCAACCAAGUUGUUCACCAACAUGUAACAAUAAAUACUAUCCAGUUACUAUUACCACUACCACUUUAAAUCAAGUCGUCAAUAACUCUAUCGUUAGUGAAGAUAUUAUGCCAACUUGUUCAAUUCAAAAUAAUUUACCAGUUUGUAUUGUUAAUGCUAACAGUUACUUAUACCAACCACAACAAGUUUCUAUCUUGGAUACCAUUACCAGAGAUACCAAUGUAUGGCCAUUCAACUUUGUUUCAACACCAAUCGUUGUACCACAAACUAUUAAAGAUUAUUAUGGUAUUCCAAAUAACUAUAUUGUUUCUAAUCCAAACGCCACUCAAUGUGUCGUCGAAUUUGAACAACAAUAUUACAGUCCACAAGAUUUAACCACAUUCUUUAACUCUAUGGGUUUAGUUAAUAAUGCUACUGUUAAUUUAAUUGGUUAUAAUGAUGUUUCAAAUCCAGGUGUAGAGGCAUCUUUAGAUAUUCAAUAUAUGAUGGGUGUUGCACCAGGUGCUGAAACUACUUUUUGGUCAAUUUACACUAAUAGUUCCGCUGAAAUUGAUGAUAUUUUACAAUGGGCCAUUGCUAUUGCUGGUACUGAAAACCCACCACUUGUUAAUUCACUUUCAUAUGGUAUGACUGAAUUUAAUGUUGAUAAAUAUUUAGGUAACGGUUAUAUGGCUCGUUCAGAAAUCGAAUUCCAAAAAGUUGCUCUUAGAGGUAUCACAAUUGUUAUUGCUAGUGGUGAUUCAGGUGCUGGUGAUUUAGGUGGUGAACCAAUGAGCACAGAUAACUGUAAUACUCUUCACGCUGAUUGGCCAUCAAAUUCACCAUAUGUAACCUCUGUUGGUUCAAUCUAUUUCACUCCAUAUGCUGUUCCAAUCUGUUAUGAACCAACAAGUGCUGGUGGUGUUAAUUGUCAAUCAAAUACUAUUGGUGAAGUUGGUGUCUCACUUGAUUAUGGUAUGUUAUGGAGUAGUGGUGGUGGUUUCAGUAACUUUACAACUACUGCUUUUUACCAAGAAGAUUUUGUUUCAUCUUAUAUCGAAAAAUUAAAUGAAUUAAAUGUUGUUCCACCAUCAAAUAUUUGGAAUUCAAAAGGUAGAGCUUAUCCAGAUUUUUCAAGUGUUGGUCACAAUCUUUAUGUUAUUAAUGGUGGUGAAUGGUUAUCAGUCGAUGGUACCUCUGCUUCAGCUCCAAUUUUUGCUGGUAUGAUCACUAUCUUAAAUGAUAUUCGUUUAAAUGCUGGUUUACCAGCUCUUGGUUUUAUCAAUCCAUUAUUCUACCAAAUUUACAGAGAACAUCCAGAAGCUUUCUAUGAUGUUGUCGUUGGUAAUAAUCGUUGUGGUCUCAGUGAUUUCAAACCAUUCUGUUGUGAUAGUGGUUACACUGCUGUUUCUGGUUUCGAUACUGUUUCUGGUUUAGGUAGACCAAACAUGGAAGUUUUAAUGAAAUUAAUUUUAAAUUAUUAA